AUAUAAUUUCUGUUUAAAGAGGCUGGUGCAAAACACGCCAAAAGACCUAGAAGGCAACACAAACAAAACAAACAUUUCAGUGUGGGACUUUGCUGGGCAGUAUGCUUUCUAUAACACCCAUCAGGUGUUCCUCACAAGAAGGGCAAUAUACCUCAUUGUCACAGAUAUGUCCAAAGAUAUAAGUGAUGAAGUUGAUGAUACAUGUUUCGAGGACUCAACGGGUGGACGGAAGUUACAGUUUGUAGAUUUUGCAAGGUUUUGGCUUAAUUCUAUACACGAGUUUUGUAAAUCAGAGAAAAAAGGCGAGCCACCAGUUCUACUUGUUGGAACAUUUGCUGAUAAGUAUGCAAAAAGACAAAAAAUCGAUGAAACAAAAUACCGGAUGGGGAAAACCGACUUGGAGAAAAAGUAUUUUCGCCCACUGAGGACGAAAUUGGGUGACGGUGAAGCAAAAUACCACAUUUUAAAGCAUUUCAUGAUUGACAACACCUUUACCGUAGACACGUCUGGUCAAUUUGAAGAGCUUAAAAGGGAAAUUUUGGAAAUUUCUAAAAAACAAAGCUAUAUUGGUGACCUUAUACCUACAAAAUUUUUGCUGCUGGAGGAAGCCCUUAAUAAGAAAAAAGAACAGGGAAUAAAGAUAUUAAAUAAAGAAACAGAUUUCUCAAAGUGCAACGAAGAAUUACCUUUCAAACUUGAUGAAAAAGAGGUGGCUGUGUUCUUGAAAUUUUUUCACGAAGUUGGAAGUUUUAUAUAUUUCAAUGAAAACAGUCUGAAAGACUAUAUUCUGCUAGACCCUCAGUGGUUGAUUGAUGCCUUCAAAGAAUUAAUUACAGCAGAAGAGUUUAUGCCUAAUGAAGAUUCAGAAACAUUUGAAAUAUGGCAGCAGUUUAAUGAAACAGCAAUACUGAAAAAAGACUUGAUUGACACAUGUUGGAAAGGCAUGACGAUGUCAGAAAGAACACUACUGUUAGAAUAUAUGGAAAAGUUUGGAUUGAUCGUCAAGGACAGAGAGAAACAAGAUUCAUAUUUUGCUCCCUGUAUACUCAAGCAAGCUCCGUCAGAAGAUUUGCUGAAGCUCGGGGACAUCAAGAAAAGGAAGUGUCAUUUUUCCGCUGAUGGGACGACCUUUACCAGCAAGUUAUGCUAUACAACAAAAUCAAAGUUUAUUCCACUGGCCAUUUUCAACAGACUGCUUGUAGAGUGCGUAUCAAGAUGGAAUAUUCGUAGAGAAAAGAAUCGCGAGACUGGAGAAGAACGCGUAGACAUAUAUUGCGGUUGUGGGAUAUUUAGGCUACGAAGCGCUCAUAUUCUAUAUGUACAUUUCCGUAAUAACGUUGUGCAGAUUUGGAUUGUGAGAUGUAGUGAUAAUUUACCAUCAAAAGAAAUAUGUCUCGAUGUUAAAAAGCGUAUGGACGAAUUCUUUGAAAAGGUUUUCAAAAAGUGUGAAGUUGAAUGUCACUUCAAAUGUCCCACUGCACCCUCUUGGGAAAAUGCAAUGCAUACACUUGAUGAACUUAAACAAGGCAACUCAGUAUUGUGUGAUUAUCACAAUUAUGAGUUAACAAGCCUCGACUUGACAGGCUGUUGGUUUUCAGAUGAUAGAAAUGACGGAGACACAAAAGCUGUUGCAGAGAGAACAUCAUCAACUAUGAGCUCAAGACAAAUUGGACAACCAUUCAAGAAAGAACAUGACGACACACUAUGUCAGUCAAUGGUGUCAGCUUUACAUGAACAAAUGGAGUCUGUAGGUGUUUUGAUUUUUUGUGGAAAGACGAUUGGGACGGUCUUCAGAGUUGGUAGUACAUUUGUUAUGACAGCUUUUCAUGUCAUUAAGAUUGUUUUAGAUCCCUUUAAAUCUGGUUCACCUGACGCUGCAAGAUUAGAAAGUGAUAACACGUUUAUAAAUUUUAAUGAAUCACCGUGUACACCUCCAGUAGUGGCAUAUAAGCUGAAGAAAGAGUUCAUCUAUAACGUUGAUUUAGAUGUAGCUGUGCUUGAAAUACAAAACCCGUUGUUCAACUUGCCAAAGAAAUUAAACUUACGCAAGGCUGCAACAGAUGCAACACAUGUGUACUUGAUAGGAUACGGUCAUCCUGGUGAACCAAACAAAUGCUUAGAUCCAAAAUGCCCGAUAGUUUCUCCGAAUUCAAAGAGAUUACAGGAAGCUCUAGCUCACAGAUCAGAAUUGGAAAAGAUGGGUCUAAGUCCGAGUCUAGUGGACAAAGAAUACCAAAAGUAUUUUCGUUCGUCGAAAAUUGUAUUUGACUGCUUCAUGGAACAUGGGGCAUCAGGAGCCCCAGCAUUAGCAUAUAACAAUCAGUCGGUUGAAGUUGUUGGUAUUCUUACUCAUGGUUUACCAGAACUGUACUUCAAUCUACCGGAACAUAUGAAACGUCAGUUUCCAAGAAGCCUUCGUCUCGAAGGUGGUGCCAAAAUGCAGGACAUAUUCGAAUGGGUAGGAAAAAUACUGCCUCCUGCUUUAGUUCAUGACAUGUUUAACUGAGUUUUAGUUGGUUUAGGCUGCCUUCUACUUCAGAUUUUGAAAUCAUAAGUGAAAAGGUGUGCAAUUUUUGAUUAAGGAAGAAGUUGAUUUUUGAUUUUAAUUUUUAUGCUCCAAUAUAGUCACUACAGAUUGUGAUUAAGGCAUCUCGGCCUCUGGAACAAAAGCAGGAGAUUCGAAUCUUAGUGGGAGCCAUUCCAGUGUGGCUGGUUGGUAAGUCGCCAGCUUGUUGAAAAAUGGUUAUUAGUGCUACCUGCCAAGUGUCUGGCGUUACAGGAUAACAUUUAGGAGGAAAUUAUGUACAAGGCGAAGUGUCUUCGUACUGGCUGAUUCUUCCGUAGGGACUAUUAUAAACAAACACUACACCUUUAACCUUUUUAGCUCAACUUAGCUAUGUUUAGGAUGAGCUAUUAGUAUAAGUGGAUGAACGGGCGUCCAUCAGUCCGCGUCAACAUUCUUAGCUCGACGAUACAAAGUAUUUGGAGGGCUAUCUUAAUCACCCCUCCGUCCACGUCCAUGAAUGAUGUCUCUUCUUUACAUAUAUUUUAAUUUGGGUGCUUUUAACUUUAUCUGAGUUUUUACUAAAUGGACUAACUCAGAUUUUAAAUGGAUGUUCCACAUCAUUAUUUAUAGCAUAUGACACGUGAUUCAUACCUGUCACCAAUAUUUUAUUAUUAAUGUUCUCUUUUUAGCUGGCCUGAGCCAAAGGCUGAGGAUGAGCUAUUGUGAUCACUCACCGUUCGGCGUCCGUCGUCCGGCGUCCGUCCACACUUUCCUUUAAACAGCAUCUCCUGCUAAACCACCAAGCCAAAUUCGAAGAAACUUCACAGGGAUGUUCCUUGGAUGGUCCUCUUUUAAAAUUGUUCAAAGAAUUGAAUUUCAUACAGAACUCUGGUUGCCAUUGAAACCGAAAGGAAAAACUUUAAAUAUCUUCUGGUCCAAAACCACAGAUCAUAGGGUUUUUAUAUUUGGCAUGUAGCAUCAUCUAAUGGUCCUCUACCAAGAUUCUUCAAAUUAUCCUACUAGGGUCAAAUAUGGCCCCGCCCUAGGGGUCACAUGGUUUACAUUGACUUAUAUAGUGUGUGUGCGUUCGGGCUUUUUCAACAUUUUUUUCAGUCAUAUCAACGACGGUGUCUACUUGUAGCAGUGAGCACAAUGCCCAACUUUAUAGUGCUGCCUCACUGGAAUAUCACGCCGCAGACACGUGGCAUGAUACCCCACCUAGUCACAUACUGACACCGGGCUGACCAGUCCUAUCACUAUCCCCUUAAUGCUGAGCGCCAAGCGAGGAAGCUGCUAGUACCAUCUUUUACGUCUUUGGUAUGACGCGGCCGGGGAUCGAACCCACGACCUCCCGCACUCGAAGCGGACGCUCUACCACUAGGAAAACUUUGAAUAUCUUCUUGUCCAAAACCACAAGGCGUAGAGCCUUGAUAUUUGGCAUGUAACAUCAUCAAAUGGUCCUCUAUGAUGAUUUUUUUCAAAUUAUGCCCCUGGGGUGAUAAGAGGCCCCGCCCGGGGGUCCAAAUUUUACACAGAGUUAUACAGGGAAAGAAAACCUUUAAAAAUGUUCUCGUCUGAAACCGCAAGAUCUAGGUAUUUGAUAUUUGGCAUGUAGCAUUGCCUAGUGGUCCUCUACCAAGAUUAUUCAAAUUAUUACCCUGGGGUGAAAAGAGGCCCCACCCCGGGGGUCACAAUUUUUAACAUAGACUUGAAUAGGAAAAAACUUUAAAAAUCUUCUUGUCUGAAACUACAAGGUCUAGGCUUUUGAUAUUUGGUAUGUUGCAUUGUCUAGUAAGCCUCUACCAAGAUUAUUGAAAUUAUGGCCCUAGGGUGAAAAGAGGCCCCACCCAGGGGGUCCCAAGUUUUACAUAGACUUAUAUAGGAAAAAACUUUAAAAACCUUCUUGUCGGAAAGUUCAAGGCUUAAGCCUUUGAUAUUUGGUAUGUAGCAUUGCCUUGUGGUUCUCAAACUAUGCCCCUGGGGUGAAAAGAGGCCCCGCCCCGGGGGUCACUUGUAUGAGUUAUAUAGUAAAAAUGCUUUAAAAAUUAUCUGAUCAUAUUUCCUAAACUGUUUAAUUAUAAUUACCUGAUGACCUCAAGUAAUUAGGGGUCACUUGACUGUGACCUUGACCUACUGCUGACCUACUUUUUCGUUUUUUGAAAUAACACUAUAGAAAUUUAAACCACACUUUCUUGGUUUUGAAGAUACAGCAUGGAAAUUUGGACCACAUGUAGAACUUUUGAUACAGAUUUCAAUACUGAUCUUAAUAUUAUUAACCCUGACCUACUGACCUACUUUCUUGUUUUUGAAGCUACAGCAAAGGGAUUUGAACCACCUGUAUAAUUUUUAACAGAUUUCAGUACUUAUCUUGAAGAAUCUUUACCGUGACUUUCACAACUAUAUUUUGUUUGUUUUUGAAACAUUAGCAAAGAAAUUUGUUUACUAAGCAAAUAAUCUCAGGUGAGCGAUAUAGGGCCAUCAAGGCCCUCUUGUACUUAGAAUUUUCGGUUAAAGUUUUGACGCACUUUCACUAUAAUCUUAUUUAUUAUUAAAUGGAUUUAUUUCAAACUUAAAACAGUUGAUAAACAUUGUUAGGGAAAUGAUAUGACACAUGGUACAUUACUCUUCCAGAAAUAUUCCAUGAAUUAUGCCCCAUUUAUUCUUAGUUAAUGUUUUGAUACAUUUUACUCUAUCUCUGUUAUGACUCCAAUUGCUACCCAAUACCAUCAUCCACACCGGUCAUUAAACUCUUCCUCAGUUGGGACGUGGAAUUCUUCAUGUAAGGAAUCCGUCCAGCUGGCUUACGGAAAGUCAGUGGUUCUACCCAGAUACCAGCUUGUGAUGAAAUAGUGCACGGAGGGGCACCUGGGGUCUUCCUCAACCAUUAACGCUGGAAAGUCGCCAUUUAACCUAUAAUUGUGUCGGUGCAACGUUAAACCCAAUAAAAAAACUAUUAAACUCACACACAGAUAGCUCCAUAUUCCUCAGAUGUGCCUUAUUUUACUAUAUAGCAUCAAAAUUGGAUGAAUACGAGGUUUAUUGCCCUUUGUACUUAUAUAUGUAGUACAUGAACAGUGUUUUAUACAUUUUCCAUCCGCCCGGAGUAAUAUCUCAUAUAUGGUUUGAAGGAUGUCAAUAAAGCAUGUUAGAAAUGUUAUCAGCUGUAGGAAAUGUGACCCAGCAAGUUACAGACUAAAUACUUUAAUGGUCCUUUGCACUUAUAUAAAUGAACAUUAAUACUGUUUUAUUCCAUUUUCUGUCCGUCCGGAGUCAUACCUCAGACAUGAAGAAUUGCAAUAAAACAUUGUAAUAUUGUUUACUGUUACGGGGAAAUGUUACCCUGAAAGUUUCAGUGAAAUAGCUUUAAGAACACAUGACUUAUGGCCCUAAGUACUUGUAUAAUAUUUCCUUUAUAUGGGUAUUACUUAGUAAAAAGCAUUCUAAGGUUCAAUUUAGCUAUAGGACAAUUUGACUUAGUUUAGAACUUAUUUAGCUUUCGUAGGGACAGAUGUACUGUAUGCGUUCUGUUCAAUGGGGUCGAGGUUAAAGUCACUGUUAUUAAAAACAUAAAGUAACUACAGUAAGGAAUCGGAUAUUGCCACGACAAAACUUGGAAAUUAUGAAGCUUGCAAGGAGACCAUGGUUUUUAACUCACCUUGGCACCAAGUCCACUGGGUGAGUUAUAUUAUGAUCGCGUAUUGACCAUCCGUCCGUCCAUCUGGAUUUUUCUUCAGAUGAAAUCUCUUCUACAUCUACUGGCCAGGAAUGCACCAAACGUGGUCAGUAGGUCUGUAGCAUCAUUGUAUAGUCCUUUCCUAAGUCAUUUCAAAUGGGGGCACAAGGUCCCUUUUAAUGGCCAGUAGAGCUUCAAGUAGAAAAACUUGACGUCUUUUUUCACAAACUACCUAAUAAGUCUUCAUCAAACUGUGUCGUUGCUUUAUUAUAGACCCUCUUCCAAUUUUGUUCAAAUGGGGGCGCUUGGUCUCUUUUAAGGAACAAAUCAAAAUGUCUUUCAACAACUUCUUCUCAUGGACUUCGUGAUCGGUCUUCAUUAAAUUUAGGGGCCGCUAGAGCUAAAAUAGAAAUACCUUGAAAUUAUUUUUCUAAUGAACGGCUUAAUAGGUCUACACAAAACAUGGUUUGUAGCAUCAAUGUAAAGCCUUCUUCAAAACGAAUUGAAACAGAUGCAACCGGUCUCCUUUUAGGGGCCACUAGAGCUGAGUAUAGAAAUGCCAUUCUUGUGGUAUCUGUUUGAGACACUGAUAAAACGCGCUGCCAAGAAAACUUCGGGACUAAUAUUUCUUUCCAGAAAGCAUUUUCUGAAGCCUCGGAAAUUAAAAAAAAUCAUAGGGACUCAGAUCAGGUAAAUAAGGCGGAUAGUUUACAACUUCCAUCUUUUCAGAAGCCAAAAAUAUAACAUCGCACUUGUGAGAAGAGGCAUUGUCGUGUAUAAAAUGGACUCCUGGCCAUCCUUUGCUUGGACGUUUCUUACUUGAAAACCUUUUCAUUUUCAUCAGUACAGAAUCGUCCAGUGACCGAGAGACCAGAUGGACAAGGCACUUGAACGACUGGCUUUCUAGAAUUGAAGAAAAAUUGUGAACAUUUUUUUUAAACUUACGCUUCUCUUGGCAAUAAAGUUUUUUUUAUCUUUUUGCUUCUCAUGCUUAUUAUCAGCCCUUCUCUAUAUCUCCAGUGACCGUAAGACCAGAUGGACAAGGCACUUGAACGACUGGCUUCCUAGAAUUGAAGAAAAUUGUGUACAACUUUUUUAACUUACAUGUACGGUUCUCUUGGCAAUACAGGUUUUUUUUUAUCUUUUCGCUUCCAGUGCUUAUUAUCAGCCCUUCUCUCUCAAAUAUGUGCACCCAUGUGAUUUUAUGUUCUUCAGUGAAAUACUGCAAUUUUUCAAUGUAAUAAAAUUGAUAUUUUCACUGUUUCAAACAGUGAAAAUAGAUCAUUUUUAUAUUUUUCAUUGGUACGGAACUACACUUGAAUGCGAAGAAAUGAAUUAUAAAUAGAUCUAAUAGAAACUUCCAUGUAAAAUAUACUUCAGUAAAGAUACAGAUGUAGGAUAGGGGUACUAACAGGAUCAUAAAUAUAUACAUUCUGUCAUAACAAAGAGUAGCCUAACAGAAAUCAGGAAACGUAAUAUUUAGAACUAUAUUCUACAAAGAUAUCCUGACGUCAUGACAUUAUGACGUCAUGAUGCACGUGACGUUGCGCGGACAAACUGGAUAUAAUUCAUUUAAAUUCAUUAAAAAUACAUAAAAUGAAUAGAAAAUUUGUUAGUUUCAGUGUAAGAUCGAAAUAUAUUUCACUCGUGAACACCAUAUUUUACAUUUUCGCUGAGUCUCGUGGCUGCGCCACUCGUGAAAAUAUUGCAUCAUAGUGUUCACUCUGUGAAAUAUAUUUCGAUCUUACACUAAAAAAGAUAAAUAACCUCUAUAUAGUUAAUAUGUAACUCAGUGUAGUUUAUUGUUUCAAACUGUUUAGAAUGCACGGCACAUAUAACGUGCGCAUUCUGUAAUAUUGUUUUCAGUUCACAUAGUACACUAUAAGCGCAUGUAAAACUAUAAACACUAUUCAUUUCAGACAUUUGGGCGCAUUCAGAAAUUUCAUUUCUUAUAUUCUUAUUUUUAUUAUUUUUCUUUUGAGGUACAUGGCGUCAUAAAAUGUAAUAUAGUUAUGUUUUUUUUCACUGAAAAGCUUUGAAAACGCACUGCUGUUUUGAACCUGUAUCUUUUUUAUUUGUAACUUCGUGGAGCACUAAAUAUAUAAACGCAACAAAAAUAUGUUGCUUUUCCGGUAGACAUGCUUAGAGAAUAGAACUUCCUUGACAUAGACGGGUUUUCUUAAAAAAGAGGGCCUGUUCUAUACUGUAACUGUGCUUUUUCAAAGUUUUUCAGCACACGUCAGCAACCAUUUUGGCGAUUUUUUAAUAUCUGUAUUUAUUGUUCCUUCUCAUGAGAAGGAACACUUAUGGUGAACAUGUCACACUUGACUGAGCAGGUAAUGGAUACAAGGGUAUCAUCAAAGGCAUCCGAAUUCCAGUAGGCGCCGCCAUUUUGUACUCGUGCAUAUUCAUUAAAAUUAGCCUCUUUGCCAAUGUGUUUUUACGCAUCUUUAAGUCAGUCUUUAGUGAAAUACAACUACGUAAUAAACAGACCUACAAAAACAAUAAUUUAGUUUAAACUAUCUAACUCCUAAAUCUUACAUGUCAUAUUGUAGAAUCGAGAUUAACUAAAUGAAUAUUCAUCAUCUAAAAAUAGACUCCCGCCCAAAAAUAUCGUCUACUAUUAUUCUUCUCGGUUGCAUUCUUUGUUGCUUCCAGAGGUUCUUUUUACGAUUUUAUUUCAUACCAACUUUAUUAUUUUAACAUUUUAAGUAUAACCAUCAAAACAUACUGCACUAAUAAAGUUAUUCGAGAUUUUUUACUUGUCUGUGAAUGCUAUUGCACGAUACGUACCGUCGCCGGAUUACGACAUUUCAAUUACUUCCCUUGUUUUUUAUCUAGACCUGUAUAAUGCAUUUCUUCACUUUACUGAGCUAUAAAUAUUUCGAACUUUGUAAUUUCAUACCUUUUGAUUAAUUGUUUUGUAAUUUUCAAGUUGUGAACUUUUUGUACGCACUUUUUCAAAUCCAUCAGUUUGUUGGUGCUGACUUCUAUAAAAGCCCUUUUUCUCCUGAUUUGGUCGUUUUGGAGCUGUAAGUAUCCAUUCAUGCAAUGCAAUUACUGGCAUAUGGCAGAACUUUUCAUCCAUUGUAUUGCUAAUUAAAAUUAGGCAAACAUACGACCAAAUUCUGAUCUGUGCCACUAGGACAGCUGUCGACAUUGGUGCCCGAAAUUUUGACUGAGUGUUGGUAUUUAAAUAUAUAUUGUCCGCUGAUAAUAUUUAGGUAUGAUCGCUCAUCUAAAGGUGUUUGUUUAUUAAAUAAAUGUUUGUGUGAAAUAACUAAGUAUUCUUAUAAUAAAUAGAUAAGAAUGCACGUAAACUAGCAAAAAACAUAGUUCAUAAUUAUUUUAUUAAAGGUCCCUUAAAAUGAAUAUUUAAUAUGCGCUAGAAGGAACCUUUUGGUAAGCUAAAUCUUGUUAAUAUACAGUAGAAAUAUUGAACAUUCUGUUCACAUCCGAAUUUGUCAACCUAUAUAUGAUAGGUCAAUGAUUUUCCUCCCUGAAAGAGGUUCAUUAAUUAUAAUUGGAGAUUUUCUCACAAGUUAUAUGCUUUUCGCAAUAGUUUACAUGUUUUCCUUUUAUGGAAUUUAACUUUUUUUUCCCGAAUAUAUUUACCAAAUUUUUGUGUUUUGGAAAAAUCGAAGCUUUUUGUUAGGAAUGCCUCUAAAUUUCUUUGAUGCCUUCUGAAGUAUGAGAGAUUAUCUCAUUUUGUGUCUGAUAUUAAAAUAUAUGCAUACAAGUAAAUGAUGUAAGCGUUUUUCAUGUUUGGUAGGCUUACUUCAGACAAAUAUUAUGUCUGCACAAUCUAGUUAUGAAUUAAAUACAUCUGUACGUGUUAAUUAUCUACUUUGUGGUAAAUUCAAAACCCUAAAUUUCAUAUGCUCUUGUUAUAAAUUCUUCUCAUUCAUUAUAUUGCAUAACAGAUAUGAAAAUCAUGAUAUAACGGUGUUUAAUAUGAUUUUCAAUGGAUUCUGUGCUGUAUAUGGUACUAAACACAUGCAAGUUUCUCAGUUUAUAUACAUUAUAUUUAAAUGUGUUGUCCGGUAAUUGUACAUUGUUAUUCUUUUUUUUUUCAUCAAAAUUAAUGAAUUUUUAAUUUAUUGAAUAUCUUUAAACAGACACUGGCCGAAUUUCAAUGAGGAUGGGCAUUUUCUUUGAGAUACACAUUCCCAAUCGUCCGUUGUGUUUCCACAGUAUACGUUUAUAACAUUUAAGUAGAAAAACUUCUAAAUUCAAUGAAUAGGAAAGCCAAGUUUGCCUAAUGCCAAAUUACAAAACUACAAGAAAUUCCAAAUGAAGCAACACCAUACUGUAGCAACUGUUUACUUUAACAAAAGAAGUACCUUAGCAUAGUAAUGCAUAUUUUUUUCUUCAAUACUUUUUGUUUUACCUACAAACAAUUUCGGUAAAGGUCAACAUUAUGCGGCAGUAGAACUACACAUCCCGUCUUUUAUGGUACGCAAACGUUGACUAUGGGAAUACAAACAUUUCGGUCGACGUAAAGCGGCUGUAGUACUGCGUCGGUGUAGGAUUUCGGUAACGGAAACGAUGUUGCGCAAUAUGAAUAGAACACAUUGUACAACCAUAUUUUUCCUUUACUCCUUAAAAAAUAUACUGAAAGAAUAAUGCCUAAUUUUGAUAAUGUGUCAUUCACUCAUUUCAGGUUGACAUACCCUGUUCUUAUUAUCCCCCCGCCAAAGGCGAAGGGGAUAUUAGAAAUGCUCUCCGUGCGUGCGUCCGUGCCCGCGAAAUGAUGGUUAAGUGACUGCAUAACGGUACUUUCUCUUUGAUGUCAUUCAUUCCGUUCUGUUUAUGUGACUAUUUUUCUUUUUAUGUGACUGUUAGAACAAUAGAGAGAACAAUGGGGGAGUCACAUAAAGACCGUUUCGUUAGAACGUCCGUCCGUCCGCAACAAUCUUAACUCCAAAAGUACUGGAGGGAUUUUCUUCAAACUUCAUACACUGAUAGAACACAUUGGGAGGAAGUGCAUUGUGCAAGAACAAUAACUCUACCUUGCCUAUUUUUUGAGUUAUUCCCCUUUAUCAUAUUUUCUUAAAAAAAUUUGUCCGGAGCAUAACUCCAAAAGUACUGGAGGGAUUUUCUUCAAACUUCAUACACUGAUAGAACACAUUGGGAGGAAGUGCAGUGUGCAAGAACAAUAACUCUACCUUGCCUAUUUUUUGAGUUAUUCCCCUUUAUCAUAUUUUCUUAAAACAUUUUGUCCGGAGCAUAACCCCAAAAAGUACUGGAUAACUCCAAAAGUACUGGAGGGAUUUUCUUCAAACUUCAUACACUGAUAGAACACAUUCGGAGGAAGUGCAGUGUGCAAGAACAAUAACUCUACCUUGCCUAUUUUUGGAGUUAUUUCCCUUUAUCAUAUUUUCUUAAAAAUAUUUGUCCGGAGCAUAUCUUCUUCAUGCAUGGAGGGAUUUUGAUAUAUCUUGGCACAAAUGUUUACCACCACGAGGCGGAGUGUCAUGCGCAAGAACCAGGUCCCUAGGUCGAAGGUCAAGGUCACACUUAGAGGUCAAAGGAUACAAGAAUAAAAACCUUGUCCCGAGCAUUUCUUCUUCAUGCAUAGAGGGAUUUUGAUAUAACUUGGCACAAAUGUUCACCACCAUGAGGCGGAGUGUCAUGCGCAAGAUCCAGGUCAUUAGGCCUAAGGUCAAGGUCACAGAGGCCAAAGGUCAGAUACAAGAAUGACUUUGUCCGAAGCAUUUCUUCUUCAUGCAUGGAAGGAUUUUGAUGUAACUUGGCACAAUUAUACACCAUCAUGAGACGAAGUGUCAUGCGCAGUUCCCUUCUUUAGAAUUACUUCCCUUUAUUGGUACUUUAAAUAGCUUUUAUUGUAACUUUUUCAUUACUAGUUGUAGGGAAAAAUUGAGACCACUUUUCUGUAGUACAACAAGCGUGCUAAAUCCAAUUUUGAGGUGUAUUUUGAUCAAUCUCUACCUGAUAAAGAUUUUUGUGUGAACUUGCAAUUUUUUUUCCCUUCCCUUAGUUGUUACUAUAAAUAACUUACAUCGUAACAUUUUUAUAAUUGACCCUAGGGAAAAAACAAGACCACUUUUCUGUGGUACAGCAUAGAUGUUACUCUCCAAUUUUAGGUGUAUUUUAUUAUAUAUAAGGUAACUCUACCUGGUAAGGAGUUUUUUGUGGACUUUAAAAAACAAAAGACUUACAAUGAUUACUAAACAACCACAAAAUUAACAUUUCAUUUGCAAAUACAGCUGCUAGAGUAAAGAAAUUUGCUUUGCGGGCAUAUAUUGUGACAUUCUGGCACUCUUGUUCCCUGUUAGCUUUCCAUUCCUUCUUUUUACAGUAGCCAUAUAGAAAAACAUCAUAGCUAUACUGUUCAUGAAAAUUAAUAAAAUUUAGCAGUAAACCACCUCACUACUGACUUAUUCUUUCUUCCACAUCUUCAAACCCCUGAUGCGGACCACAACUAAACGGUUCUUCAAAGCUUUCCCCAAAAUUAAUACUUUCAGACACUAACUUGCAAGGAAUUUUACCCUUCAAUUAUAAUAUGCCCGGCGGGGGGAUUAGCCAUGUGUAACAUGGCUCUUGUUCAUAUUACAAUGUCAUACACUACAUUAUUAGCUUCGAAGAAAAAGUAGAGCUAUUUGCACUCGCCCCAGCGUUGGUGUCGGCGUCGCCGGUGGGUAAAGUUUUUGAAAAAGUCAAAUAUCUCUGUUACUAAAAAAGCUGUUGACUUGAAACUUAAAGGUGAAUAAUCAGAUUUUGGCCAUGUAACGGAUUUGUUCGAAACUUUAGCAUCUGAUCAUUUACACUCAUUUAUGUUCACUUAACACUUAAUACAAAUUAGAUUUUCA